AUGCUGCUUGAUGGUUCAGCCAUUGAUGAUGAAGACAUUACCAGACUGCUGGAUGGUUCAGUUAUUGGUGAUAAAGACAUUGCCAGACUGCUCGAUGGUUCAGUCAUUGAUGAUAAAGACAUUACCAAACUGCUUGAUAGUUCAACAACUGAUGAUGAAGACAUUAGCAAGCUGCUUGAUGGUUCUACCACUGAUGAUAGAGACAUUGCCAGACUGCUUGAUGGUUCGACCAUUGAUGAUAAAGACAUUAUCAGACUGCUGGAAGGUUCAACCACUAAUGAUGAAGACAUUGCUAGACUGCUUGAUGGUUCAAUCAUUGAUGAUAAAGACAUUACCAAACUACUGGAUGGUUCAGCCAUUGACGAUGAAGACAUUGUCAAACUGCUUGAUGGUUCCACCAAUGAUAAUGAAGACAUUAUCAGACUGCUUGAUGGUUCAAUCAUUGAUGAUAAAGACAUUACCAAACUACUGGAUGGUUCAGCCAUUGACGAUGAAGACAUUGUCAAACUGCUUGAUGGUUCCACCAAUGAUAAUGAAGACAUUAUCAGACUGCUUGAUGGUUCAAUCAUCGAUGAUAAAGAUAUUGCCAGACUGCUAGAUGGUUCAGCCAUUGAUGAUAGAGACAUUACCAAACUGCCUGAUGGUUUAACCAAUGAUGAUGAAGACAUUACCAAACUGCUUGAUGGUUCAACCACUGAUGAUGAAGACAUUAUGAAACUACUGGAUGGUUCAGCCAUUGACGAUGAAGACAUUGUCAAACUGCUUGAUGGUUCAACCAAUGAUGAUGAAGACAUUAUCAGACUGCUGGAAGGUUCAACCACUAAUGAUGAAGACAUUGCUAGACUGCUUGAUGGUUCAAUCAUUGAUGAUAAAGACAUUACCAAACUAUGGGAUGGUUCAGCCAUUGACGAUGAAGACAUUGUCAAACUGCUUGAUGGUUCCACCAAUGAUAAUGAAGACAUUAUGAGACUGCUGGAAGGUUCAACCACUAAUGAUGAAGACAUUACCAAACUGGUGGAUAGUUCAACCACUGAUAAUGAAGACAUAAUCAAGCUACUGGAUGGGUCAACCUCUGAUGAUGGCUCCAUUAUCAAGCUGCUGGAUUGUUUAGCCAUUGAUGAUGUAGACUCUGCUAAACUACUUAAUGGUUCCACCACUGAUGAUGUAGACUCUGCUAAACUGCUUGAUAGUUCCGCCAUUGAUGAUGUAGAUUCUUCUAAACUGCUUGAUGGUUGA